UCCGGAACGGCCAUGCUCAGAAAAAGCCUCCAACGGUCGUUGCGGCACACUCGCUCCUUCCACGCUUCACCUGCUGCCCGCAAAGUCGUUGCGACAAAUCCUGUUAAAGCAGAGGAGGUCAAGUCUUGGUCGUCCGGCAAGUAUCCCUUGAUUGAACACGAAUACGAUGCUAUUGUCGUCGGAGCCGGUGGUGCUGGGCUGAGAGCAGCUUUUGGGCUGGCAGAGGCUGGUUUCAACACGGCUUGCAUCACCAAACUUUUCCCCACUCGCAGUCAUACCGUCGCGGCCCAGGGCGGUAUUAAUGCGGCACUCGGAAACAUGACCGAGGACGACUGGAGAUGGCAUAUGUACGAUACCGUCAAGGGCUCUGACUGGCUCGGAGACCAAGACGCGAUUCACUAUAUGUGCCGGGAGGCGCCAAAUACUGUCAUUGAACUUGAACACUUCGGUGUCCCCUUUUCGCGGACUAAGGAGGGCAAGAUUUACCAGCGCGCCUUUGGUGGUCAAUCGUUGAAGUACGGCAAGGGAGGACAAGCCUAUCGCUGUGCAGCAGCUGCUGACCGAACCGGCCACGCGCUUCUUCACACGCUAUAUGGCCAAUCCCUGCGACACAACACCAACUUCUUCAUCGAGUAUUUUGCGCUUGACCUCAUCAUGCAAGACGGGGAGUGUCUUGGUGUCAUUGCCCUCAACAUGGAAGACGGCACCCUCCAUCGUUUCCGGGCUCACAAAACGGUAUUGGCGACUGGCGGGUAUGGACGGGCCUACUUCAGCUGCACAAGUGCCCACACUUGCUCUGGUGACGGCAACGCCAUGGUUGUCCGUGCUGGCCUUCCUCUUCAAGAUCUUGAAUUCGUCCAGUUCCACCCGACGGGUAUUUAUGGUUCCGGCUGUCUGAUCACUGAAGGCUCUCGUGGCGAGGGAGGUUAUCUCCUCAACUCUGAGGGUGAACGGUUCAUGGAGCGUUACGCACCGACCGCGAAGGAUCUUGCCUCGCGUGAUGUCGUUUCACGUAGCAUGACCGUGGAAAUUCGGGAGGGUCGAGGCGUUGGACCUGACAAGGACCACAUUUUCCUCCAACUGAGCCAUCUCCCCGCUGAAGUCCUGCAUGAGCGUCUGCCUGGUAUCUCUGAAACCGCCUCGAUUUUCGCUGGAGUCGAUGUCACCAAGGAGCCCAUUCCUGUUCUCCCAACUGUCCACUACAACAUGGGUGGUAUCCCGACGAAGUACACUGGCGAGGUCAUCACCAUCGACGCUGAGGGUAAGGACAAGAUUGUCCCCGGCUUGUAUGCUGCUGGCGAGGCUGCCUGUGUCUCAGUUCAUGGCGCCAACCGUCUCGGAGCCAACUCUCUACUCGAUAUUGUCGUCUUUGGCCGCGCCUGUGCUCACCACAUCAAGGAGACCCUCACUCCCGGCAAGCCGCAUAAGGAAAUCCCUGCCGAGGCCGGUCUCCAAACUGUCGAAUACUUGGACAAGAUUAGAAAAUCGGACGGCCCCGAACCAACGGCUAAAAUCCGUCUCGAGAUGCAAAAGGCCAUGCAAGCCGACGCCGCGGUUUUCCGUACGCAGUCCAGCUUGGACCAUGGUGUCAAGAAACUCCGGGAAAUUUACAAGAGCUUCGACAAUGUCGGUAUCAAGGACCGAAGCAUGAUUUGGAACUCGGACCUCGUUGAAACUUUAGAACUCCGCAAUAUUCUGCAGUGUGCCAUCCAGACUGUGACCUCUGCUGCUGCCCGUAAAGAGUCGCGUGGUGCCCAUGCCCGUGAAGAUUACCCAGACCGUGACGACGAGACUUGGAUGAAGCACACGCUGAGCUUCCAGCCCGACGUGUCCUCCCCUGAUGUAGUGCUCAAAUACCGUGACGUAAUUGGGACCACUCUCGAUGAAGAGGAGUGCAAGUCGGUUCCGCCAUUCAAGCGUGUCUACUAG